GGUGUUUGUAUUUCAUCACCAUCUUGACAGUGGUGCUUGGAGCCGAGAGGGUCAGGGGGAGGAGAGGCAAGGGAGUGGAACGAGAAGACGACAGGAGGAGAUCCACAGGGUGACCACUUUAACCGGACCAUCUUCGGACAGCUCGCCCCCACCAAUGGUCCUCCACCCUGGCCGCUGUGCUGCGGUCCUGCCGGGGAGCAGAAACACAAGAUGAUCACGACCCAGCAGAAGCCGUGGAGAUACUGUAGGCCUGGCAGCAGAGACUGGUCCUCUCAUUAACCUUGCUCUUUGAUCAUUGGCUCUGGCACAAACAUCUGGAGCUGUGUGAAGCGGCUGGUGCACCUUUUGACCCGAUCCAGUCAUUCCCACCCUGCGGCCCUGCACUGUGGCCUCUACAAACUCCUCACUUCUUCAAAAUUUCGUCCACGGGGAUAAAUGAGUGAACCGGCUUCAAGGGAAAGGGCUGGGACAUGUACCAGAACCCCAACAGAAUGUCCUGGUUCAGUGGUUUCCUAGUCGCCAGAGUGGACGACCGCAAGACUGCGUGGGGGGAGCGCAAUGGCAAGAAGUCCAAACGGAAGGGAGGCUCAUCUCUCUGCAACCCGCGUUACAUGAGCUGUCUGCGGGACCCAGAUGCUAUGGACCCCCCAUCUGGAGCCCCCCUCCAUCAGCACCACCGCGGAGGGGUGGCGGGGGCCGUGGGAGGCGGGGGUAACUUCGGCGUCCGUUGCGGAUGGCAGGAGGACCACUACGGCAAAAGGGGAGGGGCUCCCGGGGAAGGGGUGGGGCUGAAAUCGGUCGACUUGGGCUUUGAGGAUGGGGAUUUGAAAGGCAGGAAAGGGGGGUGUAACGGAGGAAGCGGGGACAUGGGCGAUGAGGGUCCCAACGGCGCAGCAGGGGUGGUAACGGCUGCGGACUGCUGGCUCAGGGUGGUGCGAGUAUUCCAGUCAAAAAAAUUCCAGUCCCGCAAACUGGAGCGCCUAUACCAGCGUUACUUCUUCAGGCUGAACCAGAGCUCCUUGACCAUGCUAAUGGGGGUACUCGUGAUUGUGUGCGGCAUCAUGCUGACCUUCCACUGUGUCCACGCCGUCCCUCAUGUGGCUUAUUCGUCAGCCCUGUCGGUGGCGAUGGCGCUCUUUAUGGCUCUUAUGGUAGUGUGCAACCGCAACGGCUUCCACCAGGACUACAUGUGGAUGGUCAGUUACCUGGUGAUCGGAGUCUUGGUGUCGGUGCAGGUGUUCGGGGUGCUCAUGGUGGCACCUCGGAGCGCUUCAGAAGGCAUCUGGUGGUCCGUGUUCUUCAUCUACAUCAUCUACACACUGCUGCCGGUGAGGAUGAGAGCAGCGGUACUGAGUGGAGCUGUGCUGUCCAUCAUACACGUGGUCACCACCUGGCAGAUCAACCAGGAAGACAAAUUUCUCUGGAAACAGGUGAGUGCUAAUGUCCUGAUCUUCCUGUGCACUAACAUCAUUGGAAUCUGCACCCACUACCCCGCUGAGGUUUCCCAGAGACAAGCCUUCCAGGAGACCAGAGGAUACAUCCAGGCCCGAUUACAUCUGCAGAGGGAGAAUCAACAACAGGAGCGUCUGUUGCUUUCAGUGUUGCCAAGGCAUGUUGCCAUGGAGAUGAAGGCUGACAUCAAUGCCAAGAAGGAAGACAUGAUGUUCCAUAAGAUCUAUAUCCAGAAACAUGACAAUGUCAGUAUCCUGUUUGCAGACAUUGAGGGUUUUACCAGCCUGGCCUCUCAGUGCACAGCUCAGGAGCUCGUCAUGACACUCAAUGAACUCUUUGCCCGUUUUGACAAGCUGGCAUCGGAGAACCACUGUCUACGUAUUAAAAUUUUGGGUGAUUGUUACUACUGUGUGUCGGGGCUGCCUGAACCGCGGGCGGACCACGCCCACUGCUGUGUGGAGAUGGGCGUUGACAUGAUCGAGGCCAUCUCGCUGGUGCGCGAGGUCACGGGGGUCAACGUUAACAUGCGCGUUGGCAUUCACAGUGGCCGUGUGCACUGCGGCGUGCUGGGACUCAGGAAGUGGCAGUUUGACGUGUGGUCUAACGAUGUCACGCUGGCCAAUCACAUGGAGGCGGGAGGCAAAGCAGGACGGAUCCACAUCACUAAGGCCACCCUGCAGUAUCUUAAUGGAGACUAUGAGGUGGAGCCAGGUUUUGGAGGCGAGAGGAAUGCGUAUCUGAAGGAGAACAGCAUCGAGACCUUCCUGGUCCUCGGCUGCAGCCAAAAACGGAAGGAGGAGAAGGCGAUGAUGGCUAAGAUGCAGCGGACGAGAGCCAACUCUAACGAGGGGCUGAUGCCACGCUGGGUCCCUGACAGAACCUUCUCCAGGACCAAAGACUCAAAAGUCUUCAGACAAAUGGGGAUUGAUGAGACCUCCAGUAAAGACAACCGUGGUGUUCAGGAGGCCAUGAACCCAGAAGAUGAGGUGGAUGAGUUCCUGGGACGAGCCAUUGACGCUCGCAGCAUUGACCAGCUAAGAAAAGACCACGUGAAGAAGUUCCUGCUCACCUUCCAGACCUCUAGCUUGGAGAAGAAGUAUUCCAAGAAGGUGGACGAUCGUUUCGGAGGCUAUGUUGCCUGUACUCUACUAGUAUUCUGCUUCAUAUCCUUCAUACAGAUUGUUAUCUUUCCACACACCCCGGUCAUGCUGGGAAUCUACAUCAGUAUCUUCAUCAUACUCGCCAACAUCCUUUUCAUCUGUGCCAUAUACUCCUGCAUCAAGCUCUUUCCAGCUGCGAUGCAGACUGUUUCAAAGAAGAUUGUCCAGUCUCGCACCAACAGCACACUGGUCGGAGUAUUAACCAUUAUCCUCGUCUUCAUCUCUGCCUUUGUCAAUAUGUUUGCCUGUGACACCAAGAGCUUAGCGGAGUGCGUUGCUGAGAAGCUGAACACUUCUGCAGCCAUGGUGACGCCCUGUGUGAUCCACAGCUUGAAUGUGUCUGUUGAAGGGGGUCUCGAGAUCUGUCCUAGCCAAGGUCCUUCCUGCCCCUUUCCCGAGUAUUUCAGCUACAGUGUGCUGCUGACGCUGCUGGCCUGCUCAGUGUUCUUGCAGAUCAGCAGCAUAGGGAAGCUGGCCCUUAUGCUGCUCAUCCAGCUCACCUUCCUGCUGCUGGUGGAGUGGCCACAAGUAGCACUAUUCGACAACGCAGACCUCUUUGUCACCUCCAAUGCCAUUGAUUUAAAUGAAACUAGUGCUCAAGGGCCCAGUUUCAAUGAAACUACAAACCAGUGCCCAUUUGUUGUGUCCAAAGUGUCCCUGAGGGUCAUGACUCCAGUGAUCCUCACAGUCUUUGUCCUGGCACUGUACCUGCACGCCCAGCAGGUUGAAUCUACUGCACGCCUCGACUUCCUGUGGAAAUUACAGGCCACAGAGGAGAAGGAGGAGAUGGAGGAACUACAAGCCUACAAUCGUCGUCUCCUCCAUAAUAUUCUGCCUAAGGACGUAGCUGCUCACUUCUUGGCGCGUGAGCGGCGUAAUGACGAGCUGUACUACCAGUCCUGUGAGUGUGUGGCUGUCAUGUUCGCCUCCAUCAGCAAUUUCUCCGAGUUCUACGUGGAGCUGGAGGCCAACAACGAGGGAGUGGAGUGUCUCCGGCUGCUCAACGAGAUCAUCGCUGACUUUGAUGAGAUUAUCAGUGAAGAGAAGUACAGGCAGCUAGAGAAGAUCAAGACCAUUGGUUCCACUUAUAUGGCAGCCUCUGGUCUCAAUGACUCCACCUACGACAAGGAGGGCCGUUCCCAUAUUACUGCACUGGCCGACUAUGCCAUGAGACUGAGGGAGCAGAUGAAAUACAUCAAUGAGCAUUCCUUCAACAACUUCCAGAUGAAGAUAGGUCUGAACAUUGGGCCAGUGGUAGCAGGGGUCAUUGGGGCACGGAAACCUCAAUAUGAUAUUUGGGGAAACACAGUCAAUGUGGCCAGUCGCAUGGACAGCACAGGUGUACCUGACCGCAUACAGGUGACUACAGACCUCUACCAGGUGCUUGCAAACAAAGGGUACGUGCUGGAGUGUCGCGGGGUUGUUAAAGUCAAAGGGAAAGGGGAGAUGACAACCUACUUCCUGAACGACGGGCCACCCAACAGUUAGCAGCCAUGGCAACAGCAGAUGCUUUGACGAUCCCCACUGCAAGGACACAGCACCACUGAGCGAGGACUCACAGUGUGAGCGAAUGGCUAAAAACUAAAAUAAACGCCAUCACUUGAAUCCCAAGCAAGGAGGAAAGAAAAACUUUUAAGACUUCAAAAGGAAAAGUGUUCUUGAUGAGAGGAAAAUGUUCUCGUUUGACAGCCAUUUUGGCCCACAUACAUGUUGAAGGACAAGUGUUUUUCUCAUGUCUAGCCUCUCUCUCAGGCUUCUUGAAAGAUGCAAAGUCUGUUUAUUUAAAACAACGCCUUUUAGCCUGUGUCAAAAGAAGAUUAACGCUGUACAUAAGGCUAGUUUUUAUUUUACUUUGUGUUUGUUUCUUUUUUUCCUGUAAUUUUUAUUUCACAUGAAUUAUGAACAGGUACUCAUAUUUUGUUUCUGGAUUAAUUAUUUAUUUCAAUCUCGAUGUUUUGUGCAAAAGGUCCUUUAUGAAAAAGUGUGAAUACAUACGUGCACAAAUAUCCAGUUUAUUACACGUUUAUAAGUGUGUAUGUACAUGCAUAUUUGUGUGUGUAUGAAUAUAUGUAUAAAAUGAGGAGGAAUAUAUUGACCAAAGACUAAAGUAUUUACUAAAAGCAAGGCAAGACAUGUUUGAUAUGUUCUUGCUAAAGUCAGCAAUGAUCACCGCCUCUGUUUUUUAGGCAGAAGGCCUGAACCCUUUGUCCUUUUGCCCAACUGCUGGCAGCAAAGACUGCUUCAUUGUUUUCAUAAAAUACGUACAAUUAAUUUAAUUUCGUCUGUCAUUCAGGCAGCAAAGAGCUGAUCACAUUAACUCUAAAUUAUGAUAUUGCCCUCAACAUCUAGACAAGAUUACUAAAGACGACUAAGGAUGUUCUCCGAAGGUGAUAUCUGAAAUCUAUAUUUUUAUCUCCACUCUCUGAGGAGUAGAAGUAGCUCCAGCUAGGAUUAGGAUCCUCUUCAUCCUCGUUUCAUGUCAGAUUGGUUCCUCAGAGCUUGAGCAGCCAGAAUACAGCUGGUUUCAGCCGUAUCAGUAUAUCGUCAUCGACUGCUCCUUCCCUUUCAGAGAAGUAUUUUCGGUGCAAAUGGAAAUGAAGGAACUUAGAUCAGCGAGUUGUUCCAGAGCCAUCACGGGGGGAAACCUCGGAUUUCAGCGCAGUGGUACCACAAAGCCUGAUUCUUCUAUGAAGAAGAAAUAGAUGAAGGAGAGAAAUAUAUAUUGAUUUUGACUGAAUACUGUGCUUUGUAAUCCUGAAGGGGCAUAACUAUUUUCACUGUGAGGUUUUUAUGAUACAACAAAACUGCUUUCUUGCCAAACAUAACCGCUUCGAAGCAUGUCUGAUUGUGGUAUCUUGUUUUCAUUUUUGUUUGUUUUAACGUAGGGUAUUUUGUAUCACUUCUGUAUCCAUCAUUUGUAUAUUCUUAAUGUUGUUAUUAUUAUUAUGAUGAUUCUGAUUAAUUAUUAUGCUUAUUAUGAUGAUUCCAUUCCAAUGAAAAGGAUCAAAGACCAGCACGCUUUCUUGUAAAAUGCCAGUUGUAAAGCUCAAGCUCACUGGUACCAACUGAUCAACUGCAGCCAAUGAAUUCUGCUGUUAAAUCCUAAUGUACAAUACAGUAUUUCAACUGGCGAUAGGUGUGAUCAUGUAUAGUAAGUAAUAACCAUUAGCUGCCUUUGCAGCAGAACCCGAGUGGUGUAUGCUCACAUAAGCAUAGCAGUAAACACAUAUACAGAUGAUUCACUGUGCUUUUUUUUUUUUUUUUGUAUUUAUGCCACUACUGCAGUAUUGUAAAUCUCAGUCAGGCUUUAAGGUGACCUCUCCCUUCCACACAUUAAACAGAACAUAAUCCUCAUCCCUGGUAUUACACUAUGUAGUGAAGUGGACAAGGCAGAAGAAGUAGGCCUACAUGUAUCUUUCAGAAUCAUUUCAUUCAUUUCUAGUAUUAUACCCCCGCCCCUCCCACUCAGUCUUUCAGCAAAAAGUGGACAUACUAAUUGCUGAGUUUGAUUGCCUUAAGUUAAUAUAAAACAAAUCAUAGAAUUACACUAAAACAGGAACUGUGCCUGCUUGCCCUGUCUGGACUACCAAUGUUUGAACGGAGAGAAAGGGAUAAGGGCUUGUCGAGAAUACUUUCAGUUAACAUCUAAUCGUCGAAAAUGAUCUUUUGUUUCUCCAGCUCCACCUUUCUUUUUUUUUUUCGUAAUUGGGAGAAUCCGCCCUGACUUAGCUCUUCCGCCACAUUCAACAAUGGCAACCAACAGUUGAUCAUGUUUGUACCAAAGCCAGCUCACGCAGCCUUGUGCUAUUGGUCCCUCCUGUGCAAUGAUAUUUGGCCUCGGGCGUGGUGGGAACACCAGAGGACAGUAAUGUAGUGGAGAUCACCAACUAUUAAGUGAACUGUGACCAAUGAAGAGUGAUUCAUAUAAGCAAAGAGUUUAUAGAAUGGACAUGAGUUUAUAAAAAUGUGCAUUGUAUGUAUUCUAUUUCUAUUGGCUGUCCAUAGACUUGUGUUGAUUGUUAACUCUUGGGAUGUUUUUGGGGGGAGCAGGAGCGGGGAGGAAGGUUGCCCCCAUACUACUGAAACAGUGUUUUGCUCAGGCCUGAUGAAUCCUUCCGUAUUUGUUUUGUUUUAUUUGUAUUUUCCCUGAGUUGGAGGAGUUGAAAGGGGAGUGUUUUGCAAAGCUGAAGGACAAGAAGAGUUGAGGACUAUGACAAAGAGAAAAAUAACAUUUCCCCUUGAAGAAAAAAAUAAAAAAAAAUCAAUGGCUGUUUUGUGUGUUCAUAUAUUUACUGAUGUUUUUAUGUACUGCAAAGUUAGUUUUCCAUUCCUCUUAUAGAUGUAGAAAGUGUUUUCAGUGUUCAAUAUACAUAUAUUUAAUAGACACAGCUAUUUUAAUUCUUAAAAGCAUCCAUUCAGAUUCCGUGGGUGCUGACUAUUCUGUACUGGGAAUGACAGCAUCAUAAACAUAUGUUAGACAACACAAGUCUUCAAACAACUGAAAUCUCGAAGGUAUAUAUGAUAGUACUUGUAAUGAAUAUUAAAAAUGAUGAUUUUCUGUUCAUCAUGAGCCAAUUUGCACCAUCUACAGGAAAAUUAAGUAAUUGCCCAUCGAAUUUUGACACUUGAGCCACGUACAGAUAAUUAGUGCGUCUUCGGUGCCAAGUUGUAUUGGGAGCUUGGACCCCAGCAUACCUGCUUACAGGUUUGGUUAGAAUUACAACUGCAGUUUAUACUUAUUUUCAACAUGCAGGAAUAUCAGCUAUCCAUGCCAACAUAUAGUGACAUUUACUGUCAGUCUAGAUGCCACUAGUCACUGAUUUAUACAUUUAAAUCCAAUGCCUUCCUCCUUCCCUUUCCAUUUCUGUAUCGGUAAGUUGCCUCUAUUGCACCACUUUGUUUGAAACAAGUGACCUUGAACUCUUCAUGUCAUGUGCUGGUGCUUUGACACAUUCAUGGUCAUCACUGGAAGCUCUGAGACUCCCCUAAAGAAGUGACCCUGCAUUCCAGUGGUGAUCCUCCGUUCCAGCUGAUGUGCUUCACGUAGUUUUCAUUGAGUUUACACUUUUGUAGCACUGAAUGAAGUCCAUCAAGUCUUUCUCGGGGCAUUUCAAGCCUUUUUGAAACAGCCUUUGAGCAGUUCAGAUUUAGUGCUUAUGUCCAGCCAGAGAAUGUCCAGAUUUCUUUUGACUUCCCACGUCUCGCUGAUCAUCUGAGAAAACAAGCCUGUGUCCAUUAUGGCACCAUCAGACUUGAACCCUUCUGCACUUAAAUAUCAGUGUAAGAUUUCCUCAAGAGGCUGAAUGUUAUUUGUUCUGAAACUAUACGGUAAAAUUUGUUUUCUUGCUGCAGGUGUUCAAGGCACCUCUUGUUCAUCAAGUAAGGAACUACCCAUGCCCCAGUAACUAAACUCAACUCUGGCUGCAUUUUGAACUCAUCUUUCAACUAUUCACAUCAAGUCAAAAUUCAGAAGUAGUUAUUUUUUCCUCUAGAGGGCAGCACAAUCUCAGUUUCUCUAUAGACCACUCCAGUUGUGCCUUCAGACCUGCAGGUCUGGACCUCUGAUGAUUCUUGCCAGAUGAUUUCUUAUCUUACCAUCUAUGUCAAAUUGAUUUGUAAUAUAUAAAUGAGAUAAUUUGUCUUGAAUUCGUUUGAUAAAUUCAAAUUUUGCUUGUUGAUCACUGAAUUUUAUGGCCUUUUAGGUAGCAUCUAAAUUUUGUAUGCAACAGAAUAUCACUAUUUUGAAUAUUUACACCUCCAGACUACAUUUCUAAAAGUUGUGAGCUAAAAAGAUUAAGAAGUAUUGUUCU